AUGACACUUUCUUGGCCUAUUGCUCACAGGAUCUCUAAAGAAAUUCAGUCUUUAUGGGCACAGCCGCUUGAAGGGGUGCAGCUGCUUGAAAGCGGAGAUGGAACGUUUAAUAAUAUCCAAGCGUAUAUUUUUGGACCAGAAGGUACACCGUAUGAAGGAGGGGCGUUUAAAAUACGGAUGCAGUUUGGAGCAGAAUAUCCAGCCGUACCGCCUAAAUGUCAUUUUAUUACAAAAAUUUUUCAUCCAAACAUAUCAUCAAAAGGAGACGUCUGUGUUAGUAUUCUUAAGAAAGAUUGGCAGCCUACUGUGCAUGUGUCACAUAUUCUUUUGACGAUUAAGUGUCUUUUGAUCCAUCCAAAUCCAGAAUCAGCAUUGAAUGAGGAAGCAGGCCGACUGUUGCUUGAUAAUUACGAUUCUUUUUUUAAGCAUGCACGCUUGAUCACGUCUAUUCACUCAGUCAAGCCAGGAACUGCUCUGGUAGAACUUAAUGGCACUCGUGUUUCUUCUGAUAUUUCGGCACUUGUUCCCUUGGAUCAGAGCAAUUCUGCUCUAAACUAUCCAGUCGUUACGGAGCGUUUUGCAAAAGGUCGUGAAAAUAUUCCUGUCUGUGAAGAUAAUUAUACUUCAGAAAACAAAAUUCUAGAGAGGAAAAAAAUCGAUACCCGGAAACGAGGCCUUAAGCGUCUUUAA